CAGCUUUUGAGAAAAAGCCUUCAGAAGACACAGUCCCCACAAGCCUGACCCCUCUCCUCCGCCCACCAUGGGCCCCCCAGCGGCCCCCCGCACCUCUCGCCAGGAGAUGCUGGAGGAGGAGGACCCCUCCCCAGUCCCAGAGACUAGGACAACAGAGAAUGGGGCAGCUGCCGGAGAGGAGUGCACCACUGUGGAGGCACAGGUCAAUGAGGACAGUAUGUCGGAGGAGAUGCCUGCUUCUGAAGGGGAAGGCAAGAUGGAGGCAGAUAUUAAGCAAAUGGUCAGUGCGGAUCUGUCUGAUGUGCCCCUCCUGCCAGCCAACCCAAUUCCAGUGGUGAAGAACUCUAUAAAGCUCCGCCUCAGCAGGUAGGAGAGAGGACAGACGCAUCGACUCGCCUCCCAGGCCCCCGGCCCCUAUACCCUGAACUCUACUGUGGGUGUCCUAAGACAUUCUCAGUCCUCUGCCACGGAAUGCCCACAGUGCUGCAGAUAAAGACACAGACCGACAACACAGGCGACUAGACAGACAGUCAUCUCUUUUCAACCAGGGACAUUGUCAGUUGACACGAAGGACGUAGCUGCAAAUGUCUCCACAAGAGGGCGAUGUUGCUCUUCUGCUGAAUUCUCCUGGUGGCUUCCAACCUAUACCUUACUGGUUAAAGGGUAGGAGUUAUCCCAUAGACACAGAUCUAGGAUCAGCACACCUUCCCCGGAGUCUUAGUAAAACACAAAACGGACCCAAGAUCAAAUAUGUCGGCAUCUUCAUCCUACUCCUUCCAGAGCUGCUGGUUACCAGGAAUAAACAACGUGACAUAAAGGUGUCAUCUUUCCUGUGCAUGCAGACGUGUGUGUGCUGUGCG